GAACGGCAGUGACCUGACUGCAAUGAAACGUGCCUUCAUAAUUGUCAUUAUUGCAGUCCAUAGCCUGAUAAUGUCCUUUAUCGUGCUAUGUUCACACUUCCAGCCUUGGAAAGAUAAGUUCUAGCCUGGGGUUAAUCAUAACUGCUACUGCCUUCUGCCUCUGCUUUGUUUCUAGGUGAACUGACUUGAACUAAUAGCAAUCCUAUAAAUAAUUUGUGUGAUUAAUGAAAUUAUAGUUAAUAAUUAAUGUAUAUAGUUACAUCUCUCCCAUUUCUAAAUGCUUUAACUGCUAUUUGCCUGUUAGAAAUUCAGCCGUGUAGCAUAGAAAUACCUUUAAUGAGGUACCCAUGAUUUCCAAUGGCUUGAAAAGACCUGGAGAAAGACCAUGCUGAAAAGUCAGAGGUGCUGCGUGUCCCCCAGGGAGCUCCUCUCAUGUAGAGAUGGAUGUAUCAAAGCUGUGGGCCAGGCAGAUGUUAUUCGCAGUCAGUUUUCAGGAGCUACGUUUGAAAGUGUAAUUGACUGCUCUGGGAAGUGUGUGUUACCAGGCCUGGUAGAUGCACAUACACACCCAGUGUGGGCUGGUGAUAGAGUUCAUGAGUUUGCAAUGAAGCUGGCAGGUGCAUCCUAUAUGGAGAUCCACCAGGCUGGAGGAGGAAUACAUUUUACUGUGGAACACACUCGAAAGGCCACAGAAGAAGAGCUGUUCAAUACUUUCAAACACCGACUUGAACGCAUGCGCAGAGCAGGAUCUACAUUGGUUGAGUGCAAGAGUGGAUAUGGCUUAAACUUAGAAACAGAGCUUAAAAUGCUGAAGGUGAUCGAACGUGCUAAGCAAUCCAUGGAUAUUGGCAUUUCUUCAACAUACUGUGGAGCUCAUUCUGUGCCGAAAGGGAAAACUGCUACAGAAGCCACAGAUGACAUUAUCAAUAACCAUCUCCCUAAACUGAAAGAACUCAAACUAAGUGGUGAAAUACAUGUUAACAAUAUAGAUGUGUUCUGUGAGAAGGGAGUUUUUGAUCUGGAGUCUACUAGGAGAAUUCUUCAAGCUGGAAAAGAUAUAGGGUUACAGAUUAACUUCCAUGGUGAUGAACUCCAUCCAAUGAAAUCUGCUGAGCUUGGAGCUGCACUAGGAGCCCGAGCCAUCAGCCACCUGGAAGAAGUUAGUGAUGAAGGUAUCUCAGCAAUGGCAAGAGCUGAGUGUGCUGCUGUCCUUUUACCGACAACUGCCUACAUGCUAAGACUGAAGCAACCUCCAGCUAGAAAAAUGUUAGAAGAAGGAGUUAUAGUUGCUCUUGGCAGUGACUUUAAUCCUAAUGCAUACUGUUUUUCAAUGCCUAUGGUGAUGCAUCUGGCCUGUGUAAACUUGAAGAUGUCAAUGAAUGAAGCACUAGCAGCUGCCACCAUUAAUGCAGCUUAUGCUCUGGGAAAAUCAGACACACAUGGCUCCAUAGAGACUGGCAAGCAGGGGGAUUUCAUUAUCAUAAAUGCACCAAGGUGGGAGCACUUGAUUUACCAGUUUGGGGGACAUGAAGCAUUGAUCGACUACGUUAUAGUUAAAGGAAAAGUCGUCUAUCAAAAUGAGAGGUGUGGGACAAUGAGCAGUUACUGAGAGAAGGCAGCAAUUUAGGAAGGAACUAUAAUCAAAUUAGCAUGGAGUAUUUCAAAGCAACAGACAAAUCAGAUUUUCGUUCACUGGUAAAUUGUUUGCCUGCUUACCUUACCUGCUCUCUUAUUUGAAUAAACUCUACCAAACGUUACCCAUGUGGUGCAUCUGUCCUUCUCUCCACCGCAUGGAAAGAAUUUAUAAUUGUAUCCAGUUGAAAUAAGAUAGUUUCCAAAAGUGAUUUGUGAUAUAAUUUUAAUCUAUAAAAUUAUUAUAUUUGAAAAUAACCCAAACAAAUCA